AUGGAUCCCCAGACCCCUCCACCCAGAAGAAAAGAGAGAAAGACAGACGCUCAAGCCCUCCCUGCCCUUUCCCCAAACCUAACCUCGCACCUCGAGCUCAAGAACAAGAACAAGAACAAGAUGAAGCGCACCGCCGUUUCCAGUGUGUCCCCCGCUGACCCGCGCAGUGAAGCCGAGAGAAUCGCCGCCGGAAAAGAAGAGCAGGCCAUCCGGCCCAGCAGAGCGAGCUGGGGCCAGGCAGAUCAGAUCGACGCCGAGACGGAGAUGGAUGACUCGCGGGUCGCGCUGGCGAAGAUCCAGAAGCGGAUCCGGGAGUUGGAGCUUCUGGGUGCUGUCAAGAAGGAAGAGAAGGGGGAAGCCGUCGACAGAGCGGAGAAGAACAAGGCGGACGACACUACUAGGAAAGGCAGGAAGAACAAGAAGAUGAAACUGGAUGAUGGAGUGGCUGACAAGGAAUCCGGUUCUGCCUCUGCGUCUGCCUCUGAUUCCUCGAAUACCCCCAAGACCAGAACUCCUGUUCCGCUCUCCAAUGAGGCCAUCGCUCGGAUUCUCAUGAUGGCCAAACCCGACUGUCCUCAAGCCCGGGCCUGGAUUCGCGAGAACGUCGACCAAGCAAAGGACCAGAAAGAGACAGAGAAUGAGGGAACGCCCGCCGCGGCCGCCGUCGCUGAUACCAACAAGAGUAAGAAGACCGGGAUGGCGCCCCCAAACUGGAAUCCGAACCUGUUGAGAAGCCGUGCCGCACUGGAGGACCCGGAGACCGACCCGUUCCAGCGCGUGAUUAACGCCCACAAACGUCUGCAGGACGCCAUGGAGCGGGCCUCCCGUGGCGACUUCAGUUAA